AUGAAGCACAAUCAAUACAAAUACCCAACUAUACCCAUGUCUUUAACAUCCGAUCUGGUGGUACGGGAGGUGGUGUAUCAAUCUUUAUACAUAAAAAUUUUACCUUUGACCUCUAAAUAUAGGAUUGGCUACUUCUGGCACAUAACCGACUUUCACUACGACCCGCUAUACACAGCACAGGGCGAUACUAGAAGAUAUUGUCGAAGAGCAGACGAGCGUGGGAGCUCAGGUCACCAUCGAGCACUCGGUCGCCUAGGGGACUACUCCUGUGAUAGCUCUUUAGAACUUAUACAGUCUGCACUUAAAUAUAUGAGAACAAGACAUUCUGAAAAUGUUGAAUUUGUUCUAUGGACAGGAGACAUUGUCGCAGCACAUUAUUCCAGUAAUGAAGACGAUAGGUACCAGGCAAUCAGAAACGUGACGGAGCUUCUUCGUACUACAUUUAGUUCCCACUUCGUAUUUCCUGUUCUGGGUCACACGGAUCCAGCACCCUCUGAGACUUUAACUAAUCUUUGGAGUCAUUGGCUACCAAUGGAAGCGUUACAAACAUUAAAAAACGGUGGUUACUACACAAUAGAGCAGUCACACAGCCAACUAAGAAUCGUAGCCCUAAACACGAACCUUUUCGGCGUCAGUGAAGCAAAUAGCCCGCAGGCGAAACGGCAGUGGGAAUGGCUGAAUCAAACAUUGGAAAAAGCAACAACCAACAAGGAAAUGGUCUACAUAGUGGGACACGCAGCGCCGGGAUCGGAUUCCAGAUACAACGCUUACUCGUUCGACGCCAACUCUAAAUACCUUCGAUUAGUACGACGACACGCGCAGAUUAUCGCCGGCCAGUUCUUUGGGCACCUGCACGUCGACACCUUUCGAGUUAUAUACGAUAAAGAUCAACCUGUCUCGUGGGCAUUCCUCGCACCAUCCCUAAGUCCCCACCACGACCCGGCGGGAGCUUCCAAUCCAGGUCUCAGGCUUUAUAAAUUCGACUCGGACACUGGUAAGGUAUUGGACUAUACACAAUUUUAUUUGGAUUUGGCGGUGGCGAAUCGGGCCGGCGUGGGUGCGGGAGCGGGAGCGGGAGCGGAGUGGGUCACGGAAUACAACCUGACUCAGUACUACGUGCUGAGAGAUGUUUCUGCGGAAUCGCUUCAUCAUCUGGCUGACAAGCUGAGAAUAGGCACGACUCAAGAAAUGACGAUGUUUCACAAGUAUUUGCGUGCAUACAACGUCAGACAUGAUAGUGCUGACAAUUGUGACGGCGCAUGCGCACAUCAACACUUUUGUGCCAUUACUUGCUUAGAACAUAUCGCGUAUCGUCAGUGCGUGGAAGCGGCCGCUAGCGCUCUUGCUGCGUCCGGGAGAUCCGCUGCGCUCACCGCUCCGCUUGUUAACAUGAUACUAAUCCUAAUUAUAUGUAUCGUUGUGCUUUAA